AUGGAUGAGCUUGAUAUGCUUUUAGAAGAGCUGUCCCUGAAUCUAUCAGGGUCAGGCAACGCUGAAACAAUGAGAAACAAAGAUAUGUCUGAUGGAAAGGUUUCAGAUGCAGAUUUGUCUGGAUUUAGUGAAAAAGAAAAGUCCGACUGCUCGAAUGUGUACAGUGACCUGCCAGCUCCUGUGCCAGCUUCUCUUGAUCCCGACUCACCCACUCAAGAACUGAACUCUGUCCUGCAAGAUUUAAUGGGUCUAGCACAAGCGAACCAACUGCCCGGAACAACUCCCCCAACACUGUUUGAAAAGCAAUCUGUAAAAAGAAAACCUGAAGUUGAACAGCAGGAUGAAAAGCAGGACAGCAGCAGCAGUCCAGCUGGUUCAGGUGAGACAGCCUCAUCCCAGAGACAGAAAACAGACACCAUAGACGACCUGCUGGGAGGACUGAGCUCUGACCUGGAGAAGAUUGGCGUGCGGACCACUGAAAAAGGCCACUGCGCUGCGUGCAACAAAGGCAUUGUUGGAAAGAUGAUCACAGCACUGGGCCAAGUCUGGCACCCUGAGCACUUUGUGUGUGUGGUGUGUAAGAAGGAGCUGAGCACGACUGGCUUCUUUGAGAGAGAGGGACAGUCUUACUGUGACAAAGACUACCAUCAGCUGUUCGCGCCACGCUGUGCCUAUUGCAAGGGGCCUAUUCUGCAUAACAUCCUGACAGCUCUGGACCAGACCUGGCACCCGGAGCACUUCUUCUGCACACACUGCGGAGACCGCUUUGACGCAGAAGGUUUUCUGGAAAAGGAUGGGAAACCGUACUGCUGCAAGGACUUCUACCACCUCUUUGCUCCCAAGUGCUCGGGCUGCGGCGAGUCGGUGAGGGAGAACUACCUGACUGCAGCCAACGGCACCUGGCACCCAGAGUGCUUCGUCUGCACAGACUGCCUGAAGCCCUUCACUGAUGGCUGCUUCAUGGAGAUGGACGGUCGACCCCUCUGUGCGCUGCACUUUCACUCCAGGCAGGGCUCCCUGUGCGGCGGCUGUGGCGAGCCCAUCAUCGGUCGCUGCAUCUCUGCUCUCGAGCGCAAGUUUCAUCCCGAGCACUUUGUGUGUGCAUUCUGUCUGCGGCAGCUCAACCAGGGCAUCUUCAAGGAGCAAGGAGGGAAGCCUUACUGUUCAGUUUGCUUCAACAAACUCUUCUUGUGA